GCCACGCCCUUUCAUGUAAAGUCUGUAUGGCGUCAUUCUCCACAUGGUGUGAUGGUGCCAGUGUGGUCUGUCCUGCAGGACAGGUGUGUGUCUCGGCGUACACCCUCACAACCGUGGACGGUUCUAAAGUGAGUGAAGAAUUUUCCAGGGCAUGUGGCCCUACAAGCCAGUGUAACACACCGGGCAGUGUCGCCAUACCCAGGGGCAAGAUAAAGAGGAACACAAGCUGUUGCUUCACAGAGAACUGCUUUCCGCCAACACCCUCAUUGCCUGAAGAUAACUCUGAACUGAAUGGAGUGACCUGUUCCACUUGUAUAUCUCCGGAUUCCGAUUGGUGUCACACUGAGGAGACCAUGAGAUGUACCGGCAAUGAAAAUAUGUGUGUUCUGGAAUCUUCCCAUCAGUAUGAACCCUUAGAACAACUGACGGCUAUACGCGGAUGUGCCACGCAAAGUAUCUGCGAUAUUGGAACGCAGGAGGUGGCGUACGGGUUCCUUAACAUGACCAUGAAGAUCAAAUGUUCCAGUGCAAGUUCCCCUCUGUACAGCCCUCUCCUCCCCUCCUUCACUCUUACUGUGGCUUCCAUCCUAGCGGUGCUAUCAUUGUGGUGAUGGGACGCGGCAAUACGAGCACCGGAAACACGACGACGUUGAAAAUUUAUGAAUUUCAUGCAGAUAUUAAAAAGAUUGGUGAAUUAA